AAUGUCAAAUUUAAAAAUAACUUCUCAAACUAUCAAAUGAAAUCAUCCAAAAUUGGAGGAAUGCAUGGUUUGGCUGUUAUUGCAUUAAGAUAGCAUGCCUUGUAUGGCUUUAAAAGCCAUUGUUUUAUCAACUAACGCUUGCAUGCGCUGAGCAAAGAAGAGUCUCAUAUCACUUGUGGCAUCUGGUGAAAAGUCUAGAAAGAGCUUUCAUGGAAGAAAGACUGAGAGAUAAUGUGAAGCGAGGGUCUUUGCAAAACAAGAAAAAAAAAACACACCCAUCCUGAGAGAGAACGGGGCGGGAUGUGUGGAGGUGUAGGUGUAGAGAGGGGGGCUUUGGAACCACAACAGGUGACAUUAACUUACCACCAUUACCACUGAGGACCUAACAUCCUGUCAGCGCUGCAUGAAGAGAGAAACAGGCAGCCCCCCAGCACCGAGAAACCCGAGAGACAUCACAGAGAACGCGUUCUUUCUCUGUCGAAGAGUCUGGAUACAGGGGGCCACAAGAGCCAGGGCAAGUGCGCUGCAGGAACUUGACGGAGUUACAGUGUGUAGCGGAGGCCUCAUUCCUGAAGCUGUUUGCCAAAAUGGGGAGUAAAGCACUACCCGCGCCGAUUCCACUUCACCCAUCCCUCCAGCUGACAAACUACUCCUUCCUCCAAGCUGUCAAUACCUUCCCUGCGGCCGUUGAUCACCUGCAAGGAUUGUACGGCCUCAGUGCUGUACAAACCAUGCAUAUGAACCACUGGACUCUGGGUUAUCCGCACAUGCAAGGACUGAGGUCAACAAUCACCGAAAUGGCAGCUGCCCAAAGCUUAAUGGAUCCGAGAUUUCCUUUCCCAGCUUUACCGUUUGCUGCGCACCUUUUCCACCCGAAACAGGGUGCAAUAACACAUGUCCUCCCCUCUCUGGCUAAAGAUAGACCGAGGUUUGAUUUUAGAAAUCUCGCCAUUGCUGCCACCCAGGAGGACCCGCCUAAAUCAGGGGAUCUUUCCAAGUUGACAGCGGGCCUGGGGGGCGCCAUCUCUGAGCUGAGUAAACUGUCCCCGGACAGAAAGCCCACGAGAGGACGCCUGCCGUCGAAGACGAAAAAGGAAUUUAUUUGCAAGUUCUGUGGCAGACAUUUCACUAAGUCAUACAACCUCCUCAUCCACGAAAGAACCCAUACAGACGAAAGGCCUUAUACCUGUGAUAUUUGUCACAAGGCGUUUCGAAGACAGGAUCACCUGAGAGACCACAGGUACAUCCAUUCUAAAGAGAAGCCUUUCAAAUGUCAAGAAUGUGGGAAGGGGUUCUGUCAAUCGCGAACUUUAGCCGUGCACAAAACAUUACAUAUGCAGGAAUCUCCUCACAAAUGCCCGACAUGCGGAAGAACGUUUAACCAAAGAAGUAACCUGAAAACUCACCUUCUCACCCAUACAGACAUCAAGCCCUACAGCUGUGACCGCUGCGGAAAGGUGUUUCGGCGCAACUGUGACUUGCGACGGCACAGUUUGACUCAUACCCCCCCUCAGGACUACUAGCCACGAAGGCUGGACAUCUAAUAAAAAUAAUAAAAAAAACUAUUUUAAAGAACGGAGAACACAAAAAUAACGGAAACAAAGCGUUUUCAGACAAACCAAAAGCUCUAUCGGGACAGAUAGGCUACGACACACCCCAGUGGACUGGUUGGAUGACUCCAUUAACAGAACAAGCAGGAGCCAAGCCCGGUUGUUUCUUCUCAACAUGUAAAUACCAAGGCUAUCAAAACCUAUGUAAAUAAAGUUUUUUUCUAUAAUUACUGUCUUUUAAUUCAAAAGUGUAAAAGAAAAAAGUUUUCUAAUUUUUGGAAGUAUGUUAAAUUGUAUUUUAGAAAUAAAGAGUUUAAUAUUCA